UGGACAGAAUUGAAGAUGUUCAAGAACUCAUAUUCUCUAAAGAACCUGACCUGUCAAGAGCUCUUCUUCCUGUUCAAACUAUGCACCUUACUAUAAUAGUAGCUCAUCUGGGAACAGAGGAAGAAGUGAAAAAGGCUGUCUUGGCACUGAAGCUAAGCAAGGCUAAAGUGGAAGACAUCUUGCAGGGUAAAGACCUUAAUUUGACAUUCCAUGGGAUUGGAGAGUUUAAUAACCAAGUGCUGUAUGUGAAAAUGUUGGAAGAAGACCAGGAAAUGCUUAACAGAAUUGCAGCAGCUGUAGAAGAAUGCUUUAUUGAAAUGAAUCUCGACAUUUCAGGAAGCAAGGACUUUAAACCACAUCUAACUUUCUUGAAGCUCUCAAAAGCAUCAAGGUUGAGAAGAAGGGGCUUCAGGAAAAUUUGUACGGAUCUGUAUAAGGAAUAUGAAGAGAGCCACUUUGGCACAGAGGCUGUCAGUCGAAUUGAUCUCUGUGCCAUGCGUAAGAAGAAGCAGGAAUCUGGUUACUAUUAUUGUGAGUGUUCAAUCUAUGUGGGCUCCAGAGAUACAGAAGAGAGCAAAGAACAAGAAAUGCAGACAGAAGAUGUGGGAGAAACAGGCAGUGAAGACCUCACAAACAAUGUAGUGAAGGCUGAAAUAGGAGCAACUGCUGCAAGCUGUAAGCUUGCCUCAACAGUAGUAGCUGAUGAUAAACCAUCUGAAAUUGUUGCUGAGGCCUCAAUUGCAAUUAAAGAAAAAGAAAUCAAUGAGGCAAAGGGACAGCCUGAAGCUACAGAUGGAACUUUUCCUACAGCUGGAGAUAUCUGCUCGAAGUCAGUACUUGGUCUGCUGCCAGCAAGUUCAGAUGUGUUGAAAAGCUUGGAAGUGGAACAAGAAAAAGCAAAGAUAGCAGAUGGUAGUUUGCGAAAAACUGAAGCAACAGAAUAUGCACCUGGUCAGACAAGUUUGGGAUAAAGUUGUUGCAGUCCUUGGUGAACUUGGUGAGGGUGGAGAAGGCAGAGGGGUACAGUGGGGCUGACCUGCACUGGGCUGAGGUCAGAAGGGUGGGGAUGGUGAAUUCAUCUUUAUCAGGAGACUAUCUUUUUUGGAGUCUGAUAAAAAAAGUAGAGCAAAAUCUGAGGGGAACAUGACUGAAUAUUGUAAUGGUGAAAUGCCUAGUCCAAAACCUAUACCAUCAGUGUAUUGUGAGCAUUGUACUGCAAAGUGAGCUGUGGUUUACAGAAUCAGACCCUUCAGCAGUUGCCCAUUGAUACAAAUGCUGUUGCCAGAUGCCUUGGUGCACAUUGCUACCUUGGUUGAGCUUCUUUCUGCCCUGCUUCACCCCCUGCCCUGGGCCUGCACCCUCAGCUUUUAUCCUUUGCCUGACUGCCUUCUCUUUGAUUACUGCCUAGAGACACCUCUCCUUGCUUAAUUCCCUACAUCUGCUCUCCUUUGUGAAAGCCAUGAUUGCAACACAAUCAUUCAUUGCAUGUCUGUAACAGGUAGAUGGUGUUAGCUGUUAGCACACUAUUAUGAAGCACAUGCUUUCCUUUGACCUAGUAGCUACUUAAUGAUAAAAUUAUUUUGCCUGAC